AUGGAGAAUGUGAGUGUAGUGACCUCCAGCAAGGAAGAAAUAUUCACAGAUACACUGAGAAUCUCCAAAAGGAAGACAGAAAGGGCAGAAGAGUCGGCUCCAGCAAAACCCGAUCUGACUCGCCGAGUCCCUCUAGUGGAAUCGACGAGUACAUGCGUGAAUGAUAAAACUGUCAGUCCUUUAAAGCCAUAUAAUCCUCCUUUGCCAUACCCAAUUAAAGCCAUGCCUGCGGAAAAAGUUGAAGCAUAUAAAACCUUCAUGAGGCAUGUUAAAGCCCUACAAGUUAAUGUGCCAUUUGUGGAAACGAUGCUCCAGACACCCAAAUACUUCAACUUGCUAAAAGGUCUUUUUGCUGCUAGGAAAGAUUUGGCUGAAGUCGCGGAGAUACUAUUGGGUGAGAUACCCGAAAAGAAAGGCGAUCCGGGGAAUAUUAUAAUUCUAUGCCAGUUUGGUAAUGAGGUUGUCACCCAAGCAUUGACCGACUCGGGUGCAAGCAUCAAUCUGAUGCCUUUCUCUUUCUUUAAAAGGUUGAAUUUACCAGAGCCAAGACCGACUUUGUGGUGGUUGCCAUGGAAAAAGACCCCAAAAUUCCAAUCAUUUUGGGGAGAUCAUUUUUGA